AUGUCCUCGGCGCUUCAGAGUGGACUCUUGUUCGGCGGGCCGCUUUCGCUUUUCUGGGGUUGGACGAUCUGUGCUUUCUUCGUGUACCCCACGUCGGGGGGCGUAUACUUCUGGAUCAGUCGCCUGGCACCGUCGACGCCCGCGCUGGGCUUCUUCACGGGAAACCUGUACGCCUGGGCCAUGGUCCUUACGGGCUGCUCAGGCAACCUCUCCGUUGCACUGUACCUCUCCAGCAUGGUCGAAAUCGGCACGGGCGUCCACCUGACUCCCGUCCAGGUCGCAGCGAUCGCAUGGGGUAUUUGCAUCCUCAGCGGGAUCGUCAAUAUCUGGUGGACCCUCGGUGGGACUAUCCUUCUCGUCGUCACGCUCUUUGUCAAAAGCGCGCCCGCGGGACACAACUCUGCCAAGUUCGUCUUUACAGACUUUGAGAACGUCAGCGGCUACUCCAACACUGGCUUCGUCGUUUUGCUCGGUUUCUUGCAGGCUGUCUACACACUUGAGGGCUGCGAGACAGGCGCGCAAGUCGCCGAAGAGGCCAAGAAUGCCGCAUGGGCCGCGCCAGUAUCGAUCUCCGUGUCGAUUGCGGGCAGUUGGCUGCUUGGAGUGAUCUACUUGCUUGCCUUGCUCUUCUCUGUCCGUUCGAUAGAAUCGAUCGCCAACACGUCAUACGCGAUUCCCAUCUCACAGCUCUACGUUGACAUCAUGGGUCAACGACUUUCGCUGUUGUGCUUAUUCGUCAUCAUGUUCGCCCAGUGGGCAGCAGCGUUGACGGCUUGGACGGCCAGCUCACGCCUGUUCUAUGCGCUCGCCAGAGACGGCGCUUUCAAGCCCAGACGAUGGUUCAUGUACCUUGCGCCAACGCAUGCACCCAUCGCAGGCUACAUUGGCUCGCCCAUCGCAUUCAGCGCGAUCAUCUCCAGCGCGGCCAUCUCUGUCAUGAUCGCCUACCUCAUGCCGCUCGUCCUGCGAGUUCUCCGCCCGAACUGUAUGCCGGAACGCGGGCCAUUCCAUCUUGGUCGCUUCUCCUACACGUGUUCCUGCCUCGGCAGCGCAUUUGGCAUCUUCGUCUGCGUCCUCUUCAUCCUGCCCACGUACAAGAAUGUCACUGCGCAGAACAUGAACUACGCCAUCGUCGCCGUCGGCGCCGUCGCGCUGCUUGUUGGCGUCCAGUACCUUAUCUUCAGAUUCUGCGGCUGGACCUUCAAGGGCGUCACGCGCACAUUGGAAGAAGAGCAGGGCCUACAGCGCGCCGAUGCGAAGAACGUGUGA